AUGUCAAUUGGAACCACACCCCAAGCAUGGAAGACGCAGGAUGUUGAGCGUGAUAGCUCAUGGAUUCUGCGUCUCACCCCUGAUCAAAUUGAAGGUUUCCACACUGCGCUUGCGUACGCAAAGAAGCACCCUAAGCCUCUUCUUGAUAUGACCCAAGCCGACUAUCCACUCCCUGAAACGUCCAAGAGGGCGCUGGAGGAUGCCAUCGCGACCACCCAAGGUCGCUGGGGCAUGUGCCUUGUGAAGGGCUUUCCAGUCGACGAAUGGUCUGAGGCAGACAUGCGGGUCGCUUACUGGGGUAUGGGACUUUAUAUCGGUGUUGGACGCACCCAAAACCGCGCUAGCGAGGUGAUCAAUGAUGUGCGUGACGCGGGAGGCAGCUACAAGGUCAAGGGGGGCCGUGGUUACAACACCAACGCUGGUCUUGACUUCCACCAGGAUUCGGCUGACGUUGUGGCCCUCCUGUGCCGCCGCACCGCCAAAGAGGGAGGAACUUCCAAGGUCAUGAGCAGCAUAGCGCUGCACGAUCGCGUCGCUGAGCUUCGCCCUGAUUUGCUUCCUGUGCUCGAAUCCAACAACUGGUUCCACAGCUUCCAGAAUACCCAAGAUGCAACCCAGCCUCCUUACUAUCGCUGCCCGCUCAUGGGCAAGAGUGGUGCCUACUUCUGUGCUCGUACCAACCGCAAAAAUACUGUUGCCGCGCAGCGCGACUUCCCCGACGUACCGCGGCUCACGGCGAAGCAGGUAGAGGCACUCGAUUUCUUGGAUACAGUCAUGCCAUCUGACGAGUACUGCUAUACCAUGGAGCUGGAGCGGGGUGAUAUGCAGCUGCUCAACAGCUUUGUAACGCUGCAUUCGCGCACACCUUUUGAGGACUAUGAGAUACCGGACGAGAAGCGUCAUCUUAUGCGUCUGUGGCUUUCUAUUCCAAGCUCUCAGCCUCUCCCCCCUCAAUGGGCCGAGUACUGGGGUGAUUCCCGGGCAGGAGCUGUCCGUGGCGGUGUUCGGGGUAGUGCUAUUACGGAAGAUUUCCUUCGAUAUGAGAAGCGGCAAGCUGAGGCUAUGGGGAUGCCUUCCAGAGGCUUCAAGCCGGUCGUGACGCGAGAGGAUAUGAUCAAGAUUGUGGCAACUGCUUAG